CGUCUCUCGCAGUGUUCGUGCUCAGGGACAACUGUGCGCUGUGAACGGAUAGGCCUCGUGUCUGUGCGUGCGGGAAUCCCCACCACCACGCAAAGGCUGUAUUUGGGCAGCAAUCAGAUCACGAAGCUCGAGCCUGGGGUGUUUGACAGUCUGACGGCACUGGAGGAGACACGAGACCAUGAGCGAAUCGAGGUGAAUGUAAUAGGUCUCUUACCAGCUGGGGUGUUUGACAGUCUGACCCAGCUGACUCUUUUGUCUCUGAGUGGCAACCGGCUGCAGGCCCUUCCCGAGGAAGUGUUUGACCGCCUGGUGAAUCUGCAACGCCUGUAUCUGAAUCAGAACCAGCUUAAGAGCGCUCUACCCGCUGGGGUGUUUGACCGCCUGGUGAAUCUGAAGAAGCUGCAUCUGGACUAUAACCAACUGCAGGCGAUACUGCCCACUCUGUUUGACCGAUUGACUGAACUGACGAUUAUGGUGCUGGACAAUAACAAGCUGACGACCGUUCCCGCUGGGGUGUUUGGCUGCCUAGUGAAAUUGCAGAAGCGGUAUUUGUAG